AUGUUCGUCGCCGCUCUCCUCGCGCUCGCCGCCCCGGCCCUCGCCACCAUCUACACCACUAACCCCGUCGCCUCGACCUCUGUCAAGGGCGGUGAGGUCCUCGAGAUCAAGUGGCAGGACGACGGUAUCGCCCCCACGCUCGACACCAUUGGUACCUGCUCGGUUGACCUCUGUAUCGGCUCGCCCACCAAGCAGCUCUGCAUUCAGAACCUCGCCGAGAGCGUCGACGUCUCCAAGGCCUCGACUGUCUCGACCACCAUCGACCCCUCGAUCGGUGCCAACUACGACGCCUACUUUAUCCGCUACUCGGCGGAGAACUACACCGACAAGGGCAUGCCGUACAUGCAGUUCUCGGCUCGCUUUGCCCUCACUGACAUGGCCGGCAACUUCACCGCCGAACAGCAGACCUACGCCGACGACAAGAGCACCACCACCUCGGGCUCUGUCUCCAUUUCGGCCAAGCCCUCGUCGUCGGCUGCCCCGUCGUCGUCGUCGUCCAAGCCUUCGUCGUCGGCUGCUCCCUCGUCGGCCUCGGCCACCAAGCCCGCCUCGUCGACCACCGCCUCGCCCACCCCCACCCCCAACUCGGGUGUCGCUGGCCUCAUCGCGCCCGCUGGCCUUGCCAUUGCCGCCGCCAUGGCCGCCUACAUCGCCCUCUAA